AUGGCCGCAGCGGCCGUGGCUCAGCCUGUCAUAGAGAGCUCUGAGGUGAAGUCUGCAUUGCCGGGCGCGCAGGAGGAGCAUGCUGUCUAUGUUGAUGAUGAGGUGCCGUCAGGGUGGAUCACAGAGCACGACCAUGACGAUGCAUCUCAGAGGUCUCCCAGCUUGGAGUCUGUCCGGGACAAGACGCGAAAGGCGCCGGCUCCCGCGGCUGGGGAAACUCAGCCUCCGCAGUAUGACUACGUCGUUCAGGCGCAGCCAGACGAGACACCUCCGGAUCGGCAAACCCAGGCUGAGCUGGAAGACGCUGGGGAGAAAGCGCGGGAGGUGCACGUGGAGGCUUCAAGGCCCCGGCAGCAGUCGCCUGACAGAAAGGCCAUGCAGGAGCUUCCGCCGGGCGCCAUCGGCCAGGCAGCCUCUCCGGGCAGUGAGGUGGAAGAUGCCUCCCCGCCGUCUGAAGGAGAGAGCCCUGUGGCGAUCCCUGAGCCCACCUCUCCUGCCUCUCCAAGCAGCAAGACAGCCUUCCAUCGCUGGGAAGAGGCCGAAGUAGCCUCGCUCGGCGGUGGCAGCAAGCAGGCAGUCCGCCUCUUCUGUGGAGUCUGGAAUUUGCACGGCAAGAAGGCUCCAGCGAACUUGAACCAGUGGGUGCCUACAUCCCCAAGGCACCACAUUUAUGUCGUCGGCACCUGCGAGUGCGAGCGAACAAUCGAGAAGUCGCUCAUAUGGUCCAGCAAGGCGAGGUGGGAGAGCCAGAUGUGCCGCCACCUCGGUGAGGACUUUCGAAUGAUCGGAUCGCACAAUAUGAGUGCUAUUCACGUCAUGGUCUUCAUCCAUCGGUCCCUGUGGAGAUACUGCUGGGAAGCGCGAACCUGUCAGGUUGCGACAGGCUUUGCCAACCUGGUUGGCAACAAGGGUGGCACCCAGGUGUCUUUCCGCGUGGGGAACACCACCAUGCUUUUUGUGAAUGCCCAUCUUGCGGCGCAUGCGAACAAGAUGAAGGAGCGGACGCAGAACCUGCACCGCAUCCUCGCCGACUCGCCGCUGCGCAGCCGGAAGGACCUGAAAGGCGUCCACGAGGAAUACGACCGCGUGUUCGUGAUGGGCGAUCUGAACACACGUGUCGAUGCCAGCCGUGCCCAAGUGGACGAGUGGAUCAUGGAGAAGCAGUUUGACAAGUGCCUGGCGAAAGACCAGCUCCUACCUCUGUUGAAGGGCGAUCCAGGCAGUGGUUCUGCUGGUUUCUGGCCAGACUUUGAGGAGGCAGAGAUCAACUUUCCGCCCACCUACAAGUUCGACAAGCACUCGGAUAUCUACGACUCUUCGAAGAAGCAGCGGGUACCGAGUUGGACGGACCGGAUUUUGUGGCGUCGGGAUCCUCAUAUCAAGUCUCUGGCUUACGACUCUGUACCCUUCCUGCAAUGCUCCGACCAUCGUCCGGUCUUCGCUCAGUUCGAGGUCAUGGUAGAUGUGGAAGACUGGUCAGGGCCGCCCAUCCCUGACCAAAGCGGCAGGAAGAGCUCCGUUUGCUGCGUGCAGUGA